AUGGGGCACAACAAGGAGAAGAGUUAUGAGUGCGAUGUGUGUGGCAAGGCCUGGCAGCGCCCGAGCAAGCUGGAGAUCCACCGGCAGGCGCACACCACUUCGACUGCUCACACGGGCGAGAAGCCCUAUGGCUGCUUUACAUUCGGCAAGAGCUUUACCGUGUUGUCGGGGCUGCGGGAGCACCAGCGGGUGCACAGCAGUGAGCGGCCCUUCUCCUGCUCCGACUGCGGCAAAGGCUUCAAAUCGUCCAAAGACCUGAAGGUGCACAGGCGGCUUCACACCGGGGAGUGGCCCUUCACCUGCAGUGACUGCGGCAAGCGCCCCUACACCUGUGCCCAGUGCGGCAAGGACUUCACCCGCUCCAGUCACCUGCUGAAUCACCAGCGCACCCACACCGGCGAGCGCCCCUACACCUGUGCCCAGUGCGGCAAGGGCUUCACCCGCUCCACCAGGCUGCUGUCCCACCAGCGGGUGCACGCCGGCGACCGUCCCGUCCCCAGCCCGGUGUGUGGAGAGCGCUUUGCCAUGGCCUCCCACGCCCUGUCUCACCAGCACGUGCACACCAGUGGCCAGCCCUACGACUGCCCGUACUGUGGUGAGGAGUUUGACAGCUCGCGGGGGUUGCGGCAGCACCGGCGGGCCCACGUCGGCGAGCAGCUGCUCCCACUGUGACAAGAGAGCAUGGGGGCUGCGGGAGCACCAGCGGAUACACACCAGAGAGAGACCCUUUGUGUGCGCUGAGUGUGGCAAGGGUUUCACCCGCAUGUCCAGCCUGUGGCAGCACCGGCGUACCCACAGCGGUGAGCGUCCCUUCCCCUGCCCGUCCUGUGGUAAGGGCUUCACCCACCUUGACCACCUGCUGGAGCACUGGCGAGUCCACACCGGCCAGCUCCCCUUCACCUGCCCAAUCUGUGGCAAGGCCUUUGCCCGCUCCUCCAGCCUGCUGGCACACCGCCACGUGGAUAGAUAGGCGCUGUUUAGGUAAACACAAAAUGCUGGAAGGAAUGGGUAACAUUUCUGGUCGAGACCCUCCUCAGUCUCGACCCGAAAUGUCACCCAGUCCUUCUCUCCUGAGAUGCUGCCUGUCCCGCUGAGUUACUCCAGCAUUUUGUGUCCUAUUUUAGAAACCAGCAUCUGCAGGUCCUUGUUUUUAAACCAUUCUGAUUAACCAUCUCUGCACCUUCCCCAAAGCCUCCACCUCAGUCCUGUAUUGGAGUGACCAGAACUGUAUGCAAUACUCCAAAUGCUACCUGACCAAUGUCCCUUAAAGCUGCACAUACACAUUCCUCUCUCCUUAUCUCACAUCCUUUUAUCUCCCUAUUUUCCCUCAUCUCUGUCACUUACUCCACUCAUCUGCUGAUCACCCCCUCAUCUGUUAACAUAGUGUCAGUCUGAAGAAGGGUCCUGACCCGAAACGUCGCCUAUCCAUGUUCCCCACAGAUGCUGCCUGACCCGCUGAGUUACUCCAGCACUUCGUGUUAGAGUCAUAGAGUGAUACAGUGUGGAAACAGGACUUUCGGCCCAACUUGCCCACACCGACCAACAUGUCCUGGCUACACGAGUCCCACCUGCCUGCAUUUGGUCCAUAUCCUUCCAAACUUGACCUGUCUAUAACUGUUUCUUAUAGGUUGGGAUAGUCCCAGUCUCAACUCCCUCCUCCGGCAGCUUGUCCCAAACACCCACUCUGUUGAAAGUCACCCCGCAGAUUCCUAUUAAAUCUUUUCCCCUUCACCUUGAACCUAUAUCCUCUGGUCCUCGAUUCCCUCACUC